AUGCCACAAAAGCGCAAACCAUCACAGAACGGUACCAGGGAAAAUGGAACGAACAGCACCUCGCAUACUAACAAGCGGGGCAAAUCCGAUCUAUCAUCACCGCAUCCCAAUUCGCGGCAAGCGGAAGAGUUCGGAAUCGUCUUGCGACAGUUCUACCCACCCGAAAUGAGCAACGAGCGGUGCCAAGCCUACAACGAUGGAACGUUGGAACGGCCAAUGGAGGCAUUGAAUCGGGUCUGUGAAGAAACAGUAGAUGCCCGUCUAUCGAUCCGGCCAAAUGCCGCUGUGGUCCAUUGGUUCAAGUCCGACCUUCGAUUGCACGACAAUCGCGCUUUGCGGAAGGCAUAUGAGGUUGCGCACGAACAUUCUAUUCCUCUUAUCGCACUCUACAUUCUAUCGCCCGAGGAUCUCACGGCGCAUUUGAGCAGUCCCGCGCGGGUAGAUCUGACGUUGCGGACAUUGGCGCAAUUAAAGCGUGACUUGGGCGAGUUGGACAUUCCUUUGUAUAUGGAAACGCAGGAGAGACGGAGGGAUAUUCCGCAGCGCAUUACUGAUUUAUGUCAGGAGUGGGGAGCCAAUCAUCUUUUUGCAAACAUCGAGUACGAAGUUGAUGAGCUUCGUCGAGAGGCAAAGUUGGUCCGGCUGUGCGUCGAGAACGGCAUUGCCUUUGACGUACUCCAUGACACCUGCGUUGUUCCUCCGGGGUUACUCAGUAGCCAACAGGGAAAACAAUAUGCCGUGUACAGUCCGUGGUUUCGUGCGUGGCAGACGUUUCUUAUGGAUAAUCCAGAUUAUCUGGAAGUGUCGGAAGAACCUGGCUCUAAUCCCGGCAAUGCUCGGAAAGUCUUCAAGGACCUUUUCGCAAGCGAGGUCCCCGGAGCAUCGGAUAACAAGCGAUUGUCCGAUGAAGAGAGGGAACGUUUUUGUCAACUAUAUCCAGCGGGAGAGCACGAGGGUUUGGAUCGCCUAGAAAAGUUUCUCGAAGAGAAAGCCACGGCAUACGAUGAUAUGCGGAAUUCACUAUCUAAGCAAACCACAUCUGUUUUGAGUCCGUACUUCGCGUCUGGAUCGUUGAGUGCCAGAACUGCAGUGGCCAAAGCCAAGAAAGCAAACAAAAAUCAAUUGGACCGGAAUGACCUUGGCUUUGUGUCUUGGAUCAGCGAGGUGGCAUGGAGGGACUUCUACAAACACGUAUUGGUACAUUGGCCAUUUAUAUGCAUGAAUAAAUGCUUCAAGCCUGAGUUUACAGACCUUGAAUGGGAAUAUAACGAGGACGACUUUAACGCGUGGUGCGAGGGUCGGACCGGGUUCCCCAUCGUCGACGCUGCUAUGCGACAGAUGAAAAAUGCCGCCUGGAUGCACAACCGGUCUCGCAUGAUCGUCGCAUCUUUUCUCUCGAAGGAUUUACUGAUAGAUUGGCGGCGGGGAGAAAGGUACUUCAUGGAACACCUCGUCGAUGGCGACUUCGCCUCCAAUCACGGCGGCUGGGGGUUCGGCUCCAGCACUGGGGUCGAUCCGCAACCGUACUUUCGUAUCUUUAGCCCCUUGCGCCAGAGCGAGCGAUUUGACCCCGACGGAGAAUAUAUCCGACGCUGGGUACCGGAGCUGCGCGAAAUCCAGGGAUCGGCUAUCCAUGAUCCCUAUGAACGCGGCGCAGGCGAUUUGGCUGAGAAGAACGGAUAUCCGAGACCCAUCGUGGACCAUGCGACGAGGCGGGCGCUCGCCUUAGAUCGGUAUAAGAGAGCAGCUGGUGGAAAGUCGAAAUAG